AUGCCUCGUUACAUUGUCAAGGAUGGCCGUUUCAAUCGAGUCGAAGAUCCGAUGUCUGCGGACCCAUACCAUCAGAUCCACGCUUACUUCAGCGAGCACGCGAUGGCUGAGGCUGAAACCAGGAAAAUCAAGCAAUUGCUCGACGAACAUGGACAAGAACAUCUCCUGCAGUUUUGGGAUGAGCUCAACGAAAAACAACGAGGCCAACUUGUCGCUGACAUCCACUACGUGGAUAUCGCGAGAUGCAUGGCCGCCUUCUCGAACGUUAUGAUACCGAAUAAAGAGGAGAACCCGGAUGAACUUCUAGAACCAGUUCCAGCCGACAAUUUCGGCUCAAUCGCUCGCGCUUCUAAAAAUGAGCUCGCCGCAUACCGGGAAGCGGGGCUCGAAGCAAUUUCCCGAGGCGAGGUCGCUGCGCUGCUCUUGGCUGGCGGUCAGGGAACACGUCUGGGAGUGCCUUAUCCCAAAGGAAUGUACGACAUUGGUUUACCGUCCGGGAAAACCCUGUACAAUUUACAGGCGGAGCGACUCAUAAGAUUGGAGGAGCUCUCUGAGCGUCAAACCGGAAAACGCGGUAGCAUCCCCUGGUACAUCAUGACCAGCGAGCACACGAAAGAACCGACGAUCGAAUACUUUGAGAAAAACGGUUUUUUCGGCCUCGAGGGCGACAAUCUGGUGGUGUUCGAGCAAAAAAUGAUGCCCAGCUUCACCUUCGAUGGAAAAAUCAUUUUAAAGGAGAAACACCGCUUGGCUCUCAGCCCGGACGGGAAUGGUGGACUGUAUAACGUCCUAUACAAGCGUGCCAUCCUCGAGGACAUGAAGAAGAGAGGAAUCAAGUUCAUACACGUCUAUUCCGUCGACAACAUACUCGUCAAGAUCGCCGAUCCCACUUUCAUUGGAUUCUGCAUGAGCAAAGGAGCAGACUGUGCUGCCAAGGUUGUGAAAAAGGCUACUCCUACCGAGGCCGUCGGAGUGGUGUGCCGAGUGAAUGGACGCUAUCGAGUGGUCGAGUACUCCGAGAUCUCCGCCGAAACAGCUCAAAAGAGGAAUUCGGACGGCAGUCUGACUUUCAACGCCGGCAACAUAUGCAACCACUUCUUCACGUUCGAUUUUCUGACUCGAGUGUCCGGACUCGCCGCUUGCUUGUCGGAGCUGGAUAUCAACGGCAACGAAGAUCCGCAAAGCAAAAAAGCGCUUAAGUACCAUGUCGCGAAGAAGAAAAUCCCUUACCUGAACAAUGAGGGCCAAGUGACGAAGCCCGAGGAACCCAACGGUAUCAAACUCGAAAUGUUCGUGUUCGACGUCUUCGAAUAUUCCGAUAACUUCGCUGUUUGGGAAGUUCUUCGAGAAGACGAGUUCUCGCCCCUGAAGAACGCGGACGGUGCCGAGAAGGAUACGCCGACGACGUGUCGGCACCACUUGUACGACUUGCAUCAUAGAUACAUUGUCAAUGCGGGAGGGACUUUCAUCGAUGAGAAUGGAGCUCCAAUUGCCUUGCUUCCGUCUUCCAAUAGAGCUGUUAAGAGUGAGAAAGAGGUUCACGAGCCGAUAGUGUGUGAGAUCUCCCCUUUGAGAUCGUAUGAUGGAGAGAAAGAUGCAAGCAGGAAAAUUAUAGCUGUGAACAACUUCAUUGCUUUCCAAUACCGCGAUGACAAAACCGUGUAUGAUAACGUAACAGAGUUCAAAAGACUGAAGAAGGCGCUGGACGACGCCUCCGCGAAAAUGGACGAGGACAUCGUCAGCAUUACCCUGAUCAACAAGCUGCCUCCUAUUUACAGCUGGAUAAAACAAAAUUUCACGCAGCUAGACGCCUCAGGAAGAAAGCUGGCAGACAUCGCAAAACUCAUCCUGUCCGACUACGCGCGCAGAGA